AUGGGUAACGGCCGAAGACGCAGCAUCUCGUGCCCAAGCUGCAGUGGGAUGGCUGAGGGCAACAAGCUGCUGGCGCCGAUGGCUGUAGCCUGUGACGGAGAGGGUAACCUGUACGUGGGCAUCCUUCAUAAGGGCAGCGGUGAGAAUAUCUUCCUCUCCCAGCAGCAGCCACCCAUCAUCAACAGUAUUAUGGGUAACGGCCGAAGACGCAGCAUCUCGUGCCCAAGCUGCAGUGGGAUGGCUGAGGGCAACAAGCUGCUGGCGCCGAUGGCUGUAGCCUGUGACGGAGAGGGUAACCUGUACGUGGGUGACCUUAACUUUGUGCGGAGGGUCUAUCCUUCCCUCAAUACCACAGCUGUACUGGAGCUCAGUGUUGCAUUGGAUAAGAACGGCCUGAUGUACUUUGUGGAUGCUACUAUGAUACGAAAAGUGGAUCAGAAUGGCAUUAUCUCCACUCUGAUAAAGACCAAUGACCUUACUGCAGUCAGGCCCCUCAGCUGUGAUUCCAGCAUGGACGUCAGCCAGGUACGUCUGGAGUGGCCUACAGACCUGGCCAUCAACCCUAUGGACAACUCUCUGUAUGUGCUGGAGAAUAACGUCAUCCUGCGUAUCUCUGAGAACCACCAGGUCAGCAUUAUUGCAGGGCGGCCCAUGCACUGCCAGGUCCCUGGCAUUGAUUACUCUCUCAGCAAACUAGCCAUCCAUUCUGCCUUGGAGAGCGCCACAGCCAUCGCCAUCUCCCACACAGGUGUGCUCUAUAUUGCUGAAACCGACGAGAAGCGCAUCAACCGCAUACGGCAAGUUAGCACCAGCGGUGAGAUCUCCCUGCUUGCCGGGGCUGCCUCUGAAUGCGACUGCAAGAAUGACGUCAACUGCAACUGUUUCUCAGGAGAUGAAGGCUAUGCUGCGGACGCCAGCCUCAAUUGUCCCACUUCGCUAGCUGUGUCACCAGAUGGUACCCUGUACAUCGCUGACCUGAACAAUAUCCGUGUACGUUCAAUCCACAGCAACCGCCCCAAUGCCACAGCGAGUGGACAAUAUGAAGUGGGUUCAUCUCUAGAACAGGAGUUAUAUGUGUUUGGUCCUGACGGCCUUCAUAGGCAGACGGUUAGCCUCAUUACAGGCUUGGCACUGUAUAACUUUACUUACGGGUUGGACGGAGAGUUGGCAGCAGUUACCGAUGCCUCUAACAAUACGCUUCGGGUGAGGAGGGAGGCAUCUGGCUCUAUCAGGCUUGUGCUGUUGCCAGAGAACCAGGUGGUAACACUGGGAAUGGACCCAGCCGGCAGCCUACGUUCAGUGUCCGCCCUCAGUCAGGAAGUGGCACAGCUCGGUUAUUACACUAACACAGAACUUUUAGCCUCCAAGUCAGAUGAGACCGGAUGGACAAACUUUUACAACUAUGACAGUGAGGGUCGUCUAACCAACGUCACAUAUCCCACUGGUGUGGUGACCAGUCUGCAUCGUGAGAUGGAGGAGACCAUCAAUAUUGACAUGGAGAGCUCAAACAGAGAUGAUGAUGUCACGGUCAUCACUAAUCUCUCGUCCGUAGAGGCGUCCUACACUGUGGUUCAAGACCAAGUGAGGAAUAGCUAUCAGUUGUACCACAACGGCACACUGAGAGUAUCCUAUGCUAAUGGAAUGGGCAUCAGCUUUCACACCGAACCACACAUCAUUGCAGGAUCAGUGAGCCCGACCAUCGGGAGACGCAACAUCACCCUACCCACUGACAGCGGCCUUAACUCUAUCGAAUGGCGCAUGAGAAAAGAGCUGACCAAGGGCAAGGUUACAGUGUUUGGCAGAAAGUUGCGCGUCCACAGCAGAAACCUUCUGUCCAUUGACUAUGACCGCAACACCAGAACAGAGAAGAUCUACGAUGACCACCGCAAGUUCACUCUGCGCAUCAUCUAUGAUGCCCAGGGCCGACCGGCCACCUGGCUUCCUAGCAGCAGCUUAGCCCUGGUCAAUGUAUCUUAUUCACCCACUGGCCGAUUGGUGGGCUUGCAGAGGGGCAGCAUGAGCGAGAAAAGCGAGUUUGACACAUUUGGACGGAUCCUGUCCCGAACCUUUGUUGAUGGGAAAGUUUGGAGCUUCAGCUACAUGGACAAAUCCAUGGUGUUGCUGCUCCAACAGAGUCAGAAACAGUACAUCUUUGAUUUUGACACAGCGGGCCGGCUCACGGCGGUCACUAUGCCGAGCAUGGCCAGACACACUAUGGCCACUCAUGUGUCUGUUGGUUACAUUCGCAACACCUACAACCCCCCUGAGAGCAAUGCCACCAUUAUCCACGACUUCAGUGAGGAUGGGCAUCCACGCGCUACAUUCUACCUUGGAACUGGUCGGCGUGUGCUCUACAAAUACGGGAAGCUUGGAAAGCUCUCGGAGGUGCUGUAUGACGCAACUGCCGUCAACUUUGGCUAUGAUGAGACAACAGGAGUGCUUAAAAUGGUCAACUUACAGAGCGGAGGCUUCUCUUGCACCAUUCGCUAUCGCAAACUCGGCCCCCUAGUGGACAAACAGAUGUACCGCUUCUCAGAAGAAGGAAUGGUUAAUGCUCGUUUUGACUACACCUAUCAUGACAACAGCUUCAGGGUGGCCAGCAUAAAGCCAGUAAUAGGGGAAACCCCACUUCCUGUGGACCUGUACCGCUAUGAUGAGAUAUCCGGUAAGGUCGAACACUUCGGCAAGUUUGGCAUCAUAUACUACGACAUCAACCAAAUCAUCACUACGGCCGUGAUGACACUCAGUAAGCAUUUUGAUGCACAUGGCCGCAUCAAAGAAGUGCAGUACGAGAUCUUCCGCUCGUUGAUGUAUUGGAUGACAGUGCAGUAUGACAGUAUGGGCCGUGUAAUUAAACGUGAACUGAAGAUUGGUCCAUAUGCUAAUACCACACAGUACCGCUACGAAUAUGACGGUGACGGCCAGCUUGUUGGUGUCAAAGUUGAUGACUGGUCCACUUGGCGCUAUAGCUACGACCUAAAUGGAAAUCUCCAUUUGCUUAACCCUGGUAACAGCGCCCGUCUGCUGCCACUACGCUACGAUCUUCGAGACCGAAUCACACGGCUCGGCGAUAUGCAGUAUCACCUCGAUGAGGAUGGCGUGCUUGCACAGAGAGGCUCAGACAUUUUUGAGUACAAUUCCAAAGGUCUUCUCGAGCGAGCCUACAGCCGCACAGCUGGAGGUUGGAGUGUCCUCUACCGCUAUGAUGGCUUGGGCCGCCGUGUCUCCCGCAGAACUAGCGAAGGCGAGCAUCAGCAGUACUUCUACGCCGACUUGAACUACCCCACUCGGGUCACCCAUGUUUACAACCACUCGAGAGCUGAAAUCACCUCCUUCUACUAUGACCUGCAGGGUCAUCUAUUUGCUAUGGAGGUCAGUGGUGGGGAGGAAUACUAUAUCGCCUCUGACAACAUAGGCACCCCACUGGCCAUCUUCAGCAGCAAUGGGCAGAUGGUCAAGCAGAUGCAGUACACAGCAUACGGAGAGGUCUACCAUGAUUCUAACCCAGAUUUCCAGCUCAUAUUAGGCUUUCAUGGAGGGCUUUAUGAUCCUCUCACAAAGCUGGUGCACUUCGCCCAGAGAGACUAUGACGUGCUGGCAGGAAGAUGGAUUGCACCUGACCAUACAUUGUGGCCGAAGAUAGGCAAAGUGCCAGCUCCGUUCAACCUGUAUAUGUUCAAGAACAAUAAUCCACUCAGCGAUAUGAUUGAUGUGAAAAACUAUGUGACAGAUGUGAAGAGUUGGCUGGUUAUGUUUGGCUUUCAGCUCAGCAACAUAAUUCCAGGGUUUCCUAGACACUCGCUUUAUUUUGUUGACCCUCCUUAUGAGGUACUUGCCAGUCAGGACUCUGAUAACACUCAGCUUUUCACUGGAGUUCAGCAUUCAGUGGACAGACACAACCAGGCCUUCAUGGUUCUUGAGGGGAGGCGGCUCAACAAACAGCGGCGCACCAAGCGUGACAAGCCCGGUUACUGGUUUGGCACCAGCACGCCCAUCGUAGGCAAAGGCAUGAUGCUCGCUAUCAGGGAUGGUCACGUAUUAACAGACCUGUCCACCUCAGCUAGCGAAGACAGUCGCAAAAUAUCACAGAUCCUCAGCAACGCCAUCUACCUGGAUGGCACUCGUUACACCAUCGAUGGUUGGGACUGCCACUUCUUCGUGAAGCUCGGACUAGCUGACAGCGACCUGUUGGCCUUGGGUCUCAGCAGCGGCCACAAGACACUGGAGAGUGGGAUCAAUGUGACGGUCAGCGGACGCUCCCGCCGGGGCGUCACUAUAGAGAUCCACUCCGCCAAACUCACAUAUAGCAUCCGGUACGGGCUGUCAGCAGAGGUUCUGGAAAAGGAGCGGAGCCGCCUGCUGGAACAAGCCCACCAGAGGGCGCUGUCUGGAGCAUGGGCCAGGGAGCAACAGCAAGUGCGCGAAGGCAGGGAUGGAGGACGCGUGUGGGCUGAAAAUGAGAAGCAACAACUGUUAGCCAUGGGGAAGGUCGUGGGUUACGAGGGCUACUACGUGCUCCCAGUAGAGCAGUACCCUGAACUGGCGGACAGCAGCGCUAACAUCCAGUUCCUCAAACAGAACGAGAUGGGCAGGAGGUAACAGAGUUCAACUGUUGCUGAUGCCAUGCCAUCUCCUACGGAGAGAAACAACAGAGUGCUGCAGAGACGUUUCCCAAAAAUGGAGAACCAACAGCCAGCAGCAAGAACACUGACCCAUUAUUGAAAAAAAAAGCACUUGUGAACAAUGAUUUUGUAGUGAUCUUUUGACUUUAUAGAAAGUGGUAAAUAUUUUUUAGUCAAUUCAGACUGGCUGUGAGUGGCGGACAUUAAUGUGAUGAUAGUGUGAUAGCUCGCUUUGGUUUUUCAUGACUGCAUAUCAAACAUAACAGAAAUCAUCACGCAAUACUCAAUAAAACAGCAUCACCUGCUCCCAUAUGUGUUUGUGAAACUACACUGGAACAUAUUCAAAAGGAACGUCAGCGUCUCGACACUUUCAGUCUCGUUCCUCAUGAAUUUUCUCGCUAUACGUCAAUGCAGUGUUUGGUAUUAAGAUUUUAAUCACACCGUGUGAGGCUGAGCUUUCUGAUUGGCUUUCGCUGGAUGUGUUAAUCAUCAGCUCACAGAGUCUGUCCUCUUCUGUUCGCAAUAUAUGACAAUCACAGGGGCUGAUACAUUGAUCAAUAAACUGUACAUGAACCAACCGUUUUGUAUAAUAUGUAAGAGAUUAUUGAUUGUCUGGGUUUUUUAUUAUUAUUUUAUUAAUUUAAAUUCAACUUGACAAGUGAAAACAGAUGAAAGUGUAAUAUAUAUUGUUUUU